AUGAUUUUGCAUAUCCUGGUAGGGGAACUGUUUGUAAACAAAACAGUUCUCCUCCCUGUCAGCUCGUGCACACUGCUUUGCGUAGCUGUGCACAGCACAGCCAUGCAAAGCAGUGUGCUUACAGUGAAGCACACAGACACAGCACUUUGUAAAACAGCACACAGCACACUAAACCUUUGAUCGCCCCUCAUGUUAACCCCUUCCUGCCCAGUGCCAUUAGUACAGUGUCAGUUCUUUUUUUUUUUAGCACUGAUCACUGUGUUGGUGUCACUGGGGAUGUCAGUGACACCAAGUCAGUUCCCCCCACUGUCAGAAUGCCCACCCACAGUCCCACUAUAA